ACCGGGCGUCAUGGUGAAACCCGUAAUCUUGUUGGAGGCUUUGAGAAAGAAAAUGAACUUCUCACUGAUGUUGCAAUUAACUUCCCAGUCGGAGUUCGAGCCCGAAAGUUGGCUGCUAGGAAAGCUGCACAAAAUGAACUUCUCACUGAUGUUGCGAUUAACUUCCCAGUCGGAGCUCGAGCCCGAAAGUUGGCUGCUAGGAAAGCUGCACGUAUGAACAAAAAGACUGUGCUUAGGAGGAACAGAAAUUAA